GGUUCAUAAUAGCAGGUAGUAGUAGUUGAAGUAGGUAUUUUUAACAAAUUCUCUCUCUCUCUCUCUCUCAAAAUUUGAAUAGAUUGUGCUAAUUUUGUCCAAUUCACCCCCUGAUUUUCUAUAGAUAGGGUGGAUAUACAUAGCCAGAGAAUUUACCCUACUCAACAUGUUACAUUCUAAAUCAAGAUUGUUAGAGCUUGAAGAAUGCAACAUAAUACAGGUCAGUUUGAGGAAGAGCUGAAGAUGACAAAGGAGCAAUUGGAUAUGACACAAGAAGAACGAGAUCGAGCCUGUGAUGAGCUCCGAGAGAUGAAAAUAGUGGCUCAGGAGGCCAACAUGAACCUCAGCGAGAGGUUGUCCUCUCUGAUGGUUGAAGAGGCAAAUGCAGAGAUUAAUACCGUGAAGGAGUUCCUCUCAAAUUCAAAAAAAGAAUUGAACAUGAAAGAGGAGAAUAUCGAGUCAUUAAAGUUUGAACUUGAUAAGGCAAAACAAUUUGAGGUCAUACUGGCAGAGAGAGAUGUCUCGUUUGAUAGGUUGAAAGAGGAGUUUAGUAAUUUGAAAGCUUCUGAGGCUCGUGCAAUGGGAUUGUUAUUUGAAAGUAAGAAAAGAAUUCAGGAACUUGAGGAUGAAAUAGGGAGGGGAAAUCUAUCCAAAACCAAAAUGAUUGAUUCAGUGGUUUCCCAAACCAAACAGCUCGAGCAAACCAAGAUUGAACUCGAAGAAUCCAAGCUUGAAGUUGUUUGUCUUCACGAGAAGAUAGCAAAAUUGAAGGUGUCACCUAGGGAAUGUAAACGAGAUCUUGGUGGAGCUUGCAAUCAUGAGGAUUUAGAUUCCACCAAGGAAGCAUUUGAAAGUCUUAGUUCUGAACUUCAAUUGAUGAAAGAGAAUUUGGCUCGUUCUCAAGAUAGUGAGAAAGUUGCCUCAUCGAAGGCCAAGAGUCUAAUUGAGGAGAUGAACUUGCUUAAAAGUGAACUGACAUUGGCUAUCGAGGCAGAAGAGAAGAGCAAGAAGGCCAUGGAUGAUCUAGCAUUAGCAAUAAAAGAGGUUGCAACAGAAGCCAAACAGGUGAAGGAGAAACUCGGCUCAACUGAAUUGGAGCUAGAGCACGUAAAACAGGAGGCAGAACAAUUGAAGGUGAUGGUGAGGAGCACUGAGGAGAGGUAUCAGAAGCUAUUGGAUGAAGCAAAGAAAGAAAAUGAGCAGUACAAAAACACUGUUGAGAGACUGAGAUUAGAAGCUGAGGAGUCACUCUUAGCAUGGAAUGACAAAGAAAUAGAGUUUGUCAAUUGCAUAAGAAGGGCUGAAGACGACAGGACUGUUGCACAAGAAGAAAACACCAGACUAAUUGAAUCCCUAAAAGCAACGGAGAACACAAUUACGGCUUCAAGGGAAGAAAAUUUCAAAUUGAGGGAUAUACUUAAGCAGGCACUAAAUGAAGCUAAUGUUGCAAAAGAAGCUGCAGCCAUCGCUAGGGAGGAGAAUUCCCAACUGAAGGAUUCCCAUGCUGAAAAAGAUGAGGCUUUAGAUUUUCUUGCCCGAGAAAAUGAACGCCUUAGGAUCAAUGAAGCUGCCGCCCAGCAGAGCAUCAAGGAGUUAAAAUGGUUGCUUUCUGUAGCAUCAGCAAAGGAGGAAUCAAAGACCGAGGAGGGUAAGGAGCAUGGAGUGAUAUUUAAGCCUGCAAGCUCAACGGCUGAGAAGAUUGAAGACCGCAAGAAUCUAAACAAAGCUUUUAGUUUCGAUCUUAGUGAGCUAAAAUUUCCAAUUGAAUUGGAAGAUGUAAAUGAAAAGGUUGUAGAUGAGGACCCUGUUAAGGCUGAGGCACUUAAAGGCUCAAUAUUUGAUACUGUAGAUUCGCCAAUGUCAGAGCCCCAUACACCUCUUCACAGAAGGGUGUCCUCCUUGUUCACAGAUGAUGGAGAAAUAAUAAUCCAUUCAGAAGAUUUGGAUCAUCUAGAAGGUGCCCAUCUUGAUGAUGCAGAACAUGAUAGGAAUUCGCAGAGAAAAAGAAAAGCAUUGCUAUAUAGGUUUGGUGAUCUUCUGAAGAGAAAAAAUUUGCACAAAAAGGAAGCAUCUGUUGAAUAAGUCCUUUUUUCUUCUUUUUUUCCUUUUUCUCUUGCUUCGAUUCGACUUUACUGUCCAUAUAUAGUUUGAACAACAUGCAACUAAAGCACCUAAUACUAGGUUGCAUGUAAACCAACAUGGCAACCAUUUGUUGUAAUUUGUAAAUAACAAUGAGAACAUGCUUUAAUAGAAAACACU